AUCAAUUCUUUGGAUUUGAUUCUUGAAAACUAAACAACAUGAGCAACUACAGCGUGUCUUUGGUCGGCCCGGCUCCCUGGGGUUUCAGGCUUCAAGGGGGCAAGGAUUUCAAUGUGCCUCUAUCUAUCUCUCGGCUUAAUGAUGGUGGCAAGGCAGCCCGAGCGCACGUGGGGAUAGGUGAUGUAGUUCUCACCAUUGAUGGGAUAAGCACAGACGGGAUGACUCAUCUAGAAGCACAAAACAAGAUCAAGGCAUGUACAGGCAAUUUGAACAUGACUCUGCAAAGAGUGUCUUCUGUGCAAAAACCCGACAUUGUUCAGGUACCAAAGGGAGAACCUAAAGAAGUAGUUAAGCCUGUGCCCAUUGCCUCUGCUGUUGCACCCAAAGUCACUCCCACGGCAAGUGUGGCUUACAAUAAGACACCGAGGCCAUUUGGAGCCGUAACCUCUUCCAAAAUCACCUCCAUCCCAUCACCAUCCUCCGCCUUCACCCCGGCCCAGGCAGCUGCUGCCCCAGCCCCGUUCGCUGUGCCCGGACUGCAUGUUAAUUCCAAGCCUAAUGCUGAGCAGUGCUCACCGGUGCUGAGCGCUGCUAAACCUGCAGUUAAUGUCCCACGGCAGCCUGCCACGCACAAUGCCGGCCCGAGCGCCUCUGCUGGCGACGGCACCCAGGAUGUAGCCGAGGGGCAACGACGAGGAUUCAGAGAAAACCAGGGGGAGAGUAAACAGCAAAAUGGUCCCCCGCGGAAGCACAUUGUGGAUACCUACACAGAGUUUUACCACACACCCACCCACAGCGAUGCCAGCAAGAAGCGACUGAUUGAAGACACCGAAGACUGGCAUCCCCGGACAGGCACCACCCAGUCCCGCUCUUUCCGCAUCCUUGCCCAAAUCACUGGCACUGAUCAUAUGAAGGAACCAGAACAUGAAGCUUCGAAGAAGACUAAGAAAAGCCAAACAGAAAAUGGAGACUUCAGUGAAAAUGGUGCUAGACCAGAACCUGCAGCCACUCUUUUGCCACUAGCAGAGUCCUUCUCUGGCAAUGUUUGCUCUUCCAGCCUUUCAGAACACAUUGCUGCAGCAACUCCUGGGAGGGAAAUAACUGUGGAGUUUCCUGCUCUGGAGGCAGCAAGCUUUUUGACGCCUGACAAAGCACCUCUCCCUGCAAAGUGCACCGUGGCCACGCAGACCUCCGAGCUCCCAGUACCUACCACUGUAGCUGUGGGACUGCCUCUUGCAGCCCCAACUAUGGAAACAGCCCUUGAGCUGCCUUCUGCUAUAGCCAGGCAUGAAGCAUCUCUGCUUACUUGUGAAACAAAUUCUUUCAGUAAAAUUUCAAGCUACCAGUCUAAAUCGUCUGUAAAUCAUACAAGCUUCUGUGCUGAAAAAGUACUGCUGGAAAAUCCUUUGGGAAGUCUGUCCGAGUUGGGACCUACUACUCUUCCCGUUCUUUCUCCUUUCAAGCAGAGAUCAACAGUUAAGAGUAUGGCUGCUGCUGCCGUGUCUGCUGCCAUUGCUGUCCGGGCCAGACUCUCCGAACCUAGUGUCUACCGCUCACUCUUGGAUGCCCUGCUCAUCACGCCUGUCGCUAAGCCUCCUUUGCAGGCCAUGAGGCCCUCCAGGAAGUCCAUGAGUGCUCUGGAGUUGCCAAAGAGCAGCAGUGAUUCCGUGGAGGCUGCCCAGCCUGCUGCUUUUACGGCAUCCUCGUCAGCGAACAUGCUUGCCCACCAAGAAAACAUGGACACGAGAUCUGCUACUGCCAGCACUGCAUCUGCUGCCGGUCUCAAGCCAACAGGAGCCCCAGGUGCUGCCAAGUACUCGGGCUUGCAGCCUGCAAGCCAAGCAGCUUCUGCCAGUGGAUGGACAUCAAAUAGUGUUAAACCACCUGGAACGGCUGCCCCUAGUGAAAAACCUGCACCGGCACCUCCGCUAAACGAGCAAGACACGUUGGUUCAGAGGGCAGAGCAUAUUCCAGCAGGAAAGCGUACUCCUAUGUGUGCACACUGUAAUCAAGUCAUUAGAGGACCCUUCUUGGUGGCUUUGGGGAAGUCAUGGCAUCCAGAGGAGUUUAAUUGUGCUCAUUGCAAAACGUCCAUGGCUUACAUUGGUUUUGUGGAAGAGAAGGGGAUGCUUUAUUGUGAGGUCUGCUAUGAGAAGUUCUUCGCCCCUGAGUGUUCAAAGUGCCAAAGGAAGAUUCUUGGGGAAGUAAUAAAUGCUUUGAAACAAACUUGGCACGUUUCCUGCUUUGUGUGUGUGGCCUGUCAUAACCCCAUCCGCAAUAAUGUCUUCCACUUAGAAGAUGGCGAUCCCUACUGUGAGACGGAUUAUUAUGCCCUCUUCGGUACUAUGUGCCAUGGCUGUGAAUUCCCCAUUGAAGCUGGAGACAGGUUUCUUGAAGCUCUGGGCCACACUUGGCAUGACACUUGCUUUGUAUGCUCAGUAUGUAAUGACAGUUUGGAGGGUCAGACUUUCUUCUCCAAGAAGGACAAGCCACUGUGCAAGAAACACGCUCACUCUAUCAACAUCUGAUGCAUGUAGCUCAUCUUGUGUAACAAAUGUACUGAGCAGAAAGAAAGGUUAAAAUGUCCAUGUUCAGUAAUGGGUCAAAAUUAUUUAUAUAUGAUUUUCUAGAAUGGAAAAAAAAUGUAAAAACUUGUGGAGGGUGUUGUACACAAAUUUAAAAUGUUUAUCAAUUAUAUGGGUUUCCUUCAUAAAAAGAUAGGAAUCAGGGAAUUGCAUCCAAGCCAAACGAUUGGAGUGCCUUUACCUCUACAUUUGGCACAUUAGUGUAUUGGUUUCAUGAUGUUAUGACCACAUUUUGUAUCUGCUUCGGUAUAAGAAGUGAAGCAUCUGUAAAAAUAAAUACUGGUAUUAGAAGUCUUGGGUUUUCUGCUAUUCAACAGAUAAAAGGAGAUUGGCUUCAGCAGUUCAGAUCACUUUACUACAAUGUUAUUUGCAGUGUGUCUAGAAGUGUUGCAGCUAAACUCCAUUAAAAGGAAUUCAAAGCAACGUGAAUAUUACACAGACUAUGUAGUUCAACUAAUAUUUUUAGCUGAUACUCAUAUACAUGAUGAAGUCUCCUGCACAUGUACCUGUGCCUUUGCAGUUAAAUUUCUCAUGAAUCUGCAAAGGACAGAGAUUUUUACAAAGCAGUUACAUGGAGUGGUGUCCAUGCUGGUGAACAAGAAUAGUUUAGAAGAUGCUACUUAGAAUAAAUCAUAAAUGGGAUACUCUUCCAUCUUCCUUAACUACCAGAACACUAGCCAAAAUUCUGGUAUUCUGGUGUACUACCAGAAUACUAGCCAAAAAAAAACCCUGCUAGUGAAGGUAUGUUUGACAGGAUUCAAAUGUCAGAGCAGAUCUUAAAAAUAAGCAGGGAGUUACACUCUUAUGUUCGCAGUUCAGAUUUUAGAUAGUUUUAAGUGCCUUGGAAAGGGGAAAUUGCACUGAAUCUGCAGGCAACAGGUUUAUAUUCAGAAUGUGAGACUCUGGUGUUGAAUGAGGGAAACUGCUGAAGUGCAACUGAGGACAUUGUUUUUCUCUCAGUACAUUCUUUACCAUGUAGCUCAUGAAUAUGUGUAUUGGUGAUGUGCCAGGUAGUAUGCCGAAAACUUGCUUUCUUGCUCAGCUGUUAUGAUUUUUUUUUAUUAGUUUAGGUUCUAUUUGUCUUUCUUCCUUCAUGUGUAGGGAAUAUAUUGUUGACUAAUAUAAUACUGAGUUAGGCAGCUCAGUAUCUCUCAGUUCUUGCAAGGGAGCAGAGAGACAAUGCUGUCAUCAUGCAUUUACUGCAAGCCAGGAGAUGUAGCCGUUUCUGUGGCUUGGUACGGAUUUUGCCUCCAUACAGAGAGUCAGUGCAAGACCUGUGCACCAGCUAAGUCCCUCUUAGGGACAGGGAUGGUGUUGGUAGGGAAUAGAUAGGGAAGAGGUGGUGACCCUUGGCGUGGGGUGAAUGUCACACCAGCAAAGUUGCACAACAGGGAAGGGGGCCCUCUCGGGGCCAGAUCUGAUUCCUGAAGGAAACUGAAUUUACUUGCUAUUUAAUUCAACUGGGAUAUCACAGCUGAAUCAUUAGUCUUUAGUGUUCUUUCCAGUAGACAUUAAAAGUAACCAUUUGCAGAUUUUGUUGUUUUGGGGUUGGCUUUUUUUGUUGCUGUUUUUUACUAAUACAGAAAACAGGUUUAUGCAUAAAACCAUGCGGAAAAUCACAAGGAAUUGCCAUGGUUGAGUAAAGCAAUUGUAACAAGGAACAUCAACAAAGGGGGGGGGGGGGGAGGGGGGCACUAAAAUUCCUGUGCUAAAAUAUGAAAAGGUAUUUUGCUUUCUCAUUAAUUCAGUGAGACGGGUUCACAUUGUGGGGCUGUUUCAGUUUAUUUUCUGAAGUUGUUUUUUCUUCAAUACUACCACGUGUCUCUUUAACUUCUGGUGGUACGGAAGAAAUGGCAUACGGCUGUUUAAAAUGUUUACACUCUUGCAGAUGUGUUCUUUCGUGAGUUUGGCUGAAAAUCAGAGGGGUAGAAACAGACUGGACAAGAUACAGUAAUAUAUGAGCCAGGUUGCUUUUGAAAUUAGGUGAAAUGGGGAGAAAUGAGACUUAGAGGGUAGGUUUCAGCGGAACUAUAUUGCACAUGCAUGAGGAAAGAGAAUGAGAAUGCACAGGAUAAGGCGUUCAAUUAUUUCUGCAAUAAAAACCUUUCUAUUUUAAAGUAGGGUAAAAACUUCUCAUUUUGUCAUUGUCCUUAAGAUCAAAUUGAAUUUUGUUUAGUUCCAUAAUUUUAAUUGGAAUUAUACUUCUUAAUCUAUAAACUCUAGGGAUUGAAAUUUUGCAGUCAUGAAUGAAUUUGAGGACACAAGCCUGGAAGGCUCCAAUAGUACUGCUUCAUUUAGCUGCUUUGCCUUUUAAUUUCUGCUUUUAUCUAUUCGUUUAAAAUCUAAAAGGAAGCAUAGAGUCGCUGAUACGUAAUAAUAUUUAAUGGCUCUACCAAAUUAUAUAAAUCAACUAAAAGGGACAUAAUUUUUAGUGUUAUUUUAAUAAGUGAGAUUUUAGUAGAGCACUUUAUAAUAAUGCCAUAUAUCUCACUGAAUAUUUAUUAUCUGUUUUUUGUUUAGGACUAUUUCAUAGUAGCAUCUUUGGGUUUUGUUUUAUUUGUAAGCCUGCAUAUUUACCUCUAGAAUUUGCUGGGGGGUGUGUGUGUGUAUGUGUUCAUAUAUACCUCUCUAUACAUGCACGCAUAUGCAUAUACAUUGGGAGAUAUUUAUAUAUAUGCACAUACACAUGUCUUUAACUGCAGAAUUGACAUAGCAAAAAAUCAGCACCCUUCUAUCACCAUUUGAGGAUUUAGUGAGAUUCCCAACUACUUUUCAUACAACACAUGUAUAGCAUUCAUGUUUUGAGGGACUGUUGGAAAGUCAGGAGAGAUAACCUAACUUCUGUAGUUUUCUGCAUGCAUUUUCAGUCAGUAAUUAUUUUUCUUCCAAAAAAUUAUUUUUUUUUCUGCCUGUAAGAAUACUGGGUUUAACUCCAUUUGAAGGUAGAAAGUCUGUAUAAAUUAAUAAUUGAAUCAUCACAACAUUUUUGGUAUAUUGUAGCUAAAUAAUUCAGAAUUAUAUGUAAAUAUAAAUGCUUAAUAUAACAAUGCAAUAAACUUGAAAGCAACAGUGAGCCGAAA